UAUGAGCUUUUGAGUGGUAAGGUAGACUGGACACUGGACAGCAGUAUUAGUAUUGUACACAACCCAUAUGGAUAGCUACUUGGUUAAAAUACUUAUUCUUCCGUUGAACUACCUGAAAUGUUUGCGGCAAGAUCCAUUUUUAAGCCCACACGGCACUUUUGUUUAAGGAUGGGAAAUUUUACGUCGACCUCGCCUGGGGGUUUAUCGACUCAUACUCAAUUCGUGCAGGAUGUCGUAUCUCACAAUUGUGUCGUGAUAUUCUCGAAAACUACAUGUCCUUACUGUAAGAUGGCCAAGAACGUAUUCAACGAAAUUGGCGCUACAUAUAAAGUCAUUGAAUUGGAUGAACGUCACGAUGGGAGAACGCUUCAAGAAGCGCUUGCGCAAAUGACCGGAGCCCGAACGGUACCAAGAGUGUUUAUCAAUGGGAACUGUAUUGGAGGAGGCUCUGAUACCAAGGAACUACAUCAACAGGGAAAACUCGUGCCUCUGAUUGAGCAGUGUGCACCUUGCUGUUUGGAUAGUCGGACUGAGGGCUCUGGAAGUGGUCAGUUUGAGCCUAACAAACUUUAGUUGUAACGUUUUGGAAUAAUAUAUAA